AUGUCCAAUCCCAAUGCUGCUCUCAACCCCAACCAUUCCGUUCUAUUAACCUUGCCACUGAGAUCUCUGCGCAAGCACAAGAGAGGAAAAUCGAGUGCCAGCCGACACCCUCAUCCUUUGGCAAAUGAUACCACGGAUGUGUUUCAAGAUUUGGAAGACGAUGCAGACAAUGAGAGUGAGUACAAGUGGGGAAUGGUCAAUUGGAUGAGAUUAUGGUGGUACGACGCGUUAAUGCAGCACCUCUAUGAUACUGCUACAUUCUGGGGAGACAAGAUUCUUAGCUGGACAAAUGACACCAAUGAUGCGUUCUGGCUUGCACAGACCUAUUUCAUGACACACCAGUACGCUCGUGCUGAACGUUUACUCACCCAGCCAUUCCCUACUACACCACUGAAACAACCGGUCUCACCAACACCUCCAGCAAAUGGACACCUUCCAGGUCAACCUUCUAAAGGCAAAGGCCAUGAAUAUGACGCUUUGCAACUCAUGCUGUCGAUGCCUCGGCUACCUAUGGGUCCUGGUGGCAUGAUUGAACUACCAGAAGAGAUCCAGGACCACGUAUCUCGCUUAGUUGAUAUGAGUGUGGCAUGCAGAUACCUUGCAGCCCUAUGUCAGUUUUGGCAAGGAAAUUGGGAUUCUUCAAUGGAAAUGCUGGAAGAGUUGAAUCCAUUCCAAAAAACCGUUCAAGAUGGAGUCGUUAUCCCUAACGCAGAUGCAGGCAUUAAAGUAGAAGCUUCCAUGUGCCAUCUUCGAGGGUGCCUCUACCAGAAACUCAAUCGUAUAGCCCAAGCCAAGCAAGCCUUCACAGAGGCUCUUGCUCUCAACGUCAAAUGCUACAAAUCCUUUGAACAACUGAUAGCCACUGAAAUGAUGACCCCGGACAAAGAAUGGGAAUUCGUGCAAGGACUCGCAUAUUCCACCCAAACACCCCAGGAUGCUCAAUUUGUACAGCUAAUAUACACCUCACGCUUACAAAAGUAUCAACAUGCCACUGAGCAUGCAUUUACUCGACAACGAUUGGUCGACAAGUACGGUUUAGGCAACAAUCCUGAUACUGUUUUGUAA